AUGGAGAAUUAUGUGAUAGGUGCAGUAAUUGGCAAAGGUGCCUAUGGAACUGUAUACAAAGCCACGUGUAAAAAAAGUGGAAAAGAGUUUGCCUUGAAAUGUCACAGACGUGGUGUAGAGGAUACAACCGUGAGAGAGUUAUCCUGUCUCACGGCACUACGGGGUCACCCUUAUGUGAUCCAGAUCCACGAUUGUGUCAUCCACAAUGGAAUGAUGGCCAUGCUCAUGUCCCACGCACCAUACACAUUGUCAAAUGUGAUUCACAGUGAACACCUUCUCUGCCACGAGCAGGGCCAAGGGCUAGAGGUGAUUCCGUUGAGUUUUGUGGCUCGUUUUUCAGUUCAAGUGGCUGAAGCACUGUCUCACAUGCACCAACUAAACUUGGUGCACCGGGACCUGACGCCAUUCAAUGUGCUGUUGACAGAAGAUCUAAUUGUACAAGUGGCUGACAUGGGCCUCUCUAGACAUUCCUGUAAAUGGAUGAGCGCACCUAUGGUCACAGAGGCGUACAGGGCCCCUGAAUUGUUUGUUGCAGGUGGCCUCGCAGAAUACACUUGUGCCAUAGACAUGUGGAGCCUGGGGGUGAUGAUUGUUGACGCUAUGGAAAGGAGAGUGACAUUCUCGAAAUCUUGGGUGUCCCCGUACCCGAUCAUUGUAAAGACAUUGUGCCCCAAAGACCACGCCAGUGCAUCACUCACCCCUUGGGACCCUAAGACCAUAAUGCCCAAGGUGAUGGAGUGUGCACUGGUCAAAAGGAUUGUCUUCCAAUUGCUGGCUUUUCGCGAGAAUGAGAGACUUUUGGCUCAUGAGCUGCUGAAGGACACAGAAUGGACUGAGGCUGCUCGCAUGACCAAAGAAGACCAAGACAUGGUCAGAGACCAAAUUCGUCGACAGCGGGUGAAAGAAUGA